CCUCUCUCUCUCUCUGGUCUGUGCACAGCUUCUGAGGUAGGCCACCCAAAAAAGUAAGGGAAAAAUCCCAAAUACCACAAAAAUAAAACCAGAACCAAAGCUCUUUUCCAAGGGUGAAGCUGCAGAAACCAACUAAACCCAAGGGCAUCAGAAAACUCAAACCUUUUAAUCUAUGUGCAGUUUAGCUAAAACCCACUAAGCUCCUACAGAUCCCUACAAAAACUGCAAGGAAACUGCCAUGAUUUGAUCCAACAAUACUACCCCAACAAAUGGGUUUUGGUUUUUCUUCAAAACCCUUCGUUCUUUUCCUCUCAUUUCUUCUCUUGUUUACCAAUCUUGAACUUUCUCCACUAGUUGAAUCUGCUUCUGAUUACACAACCUUGGUCUAUAAAGGUUGUGCAAAGCAGGCUUUCACAGAUCCAGCUGGGAUGUACUCACAGGCCCUCUCUGCCUUGUUUCAAACCUUGCUUUCACAAUCCAUGAAGGUAAAGUUUUACAAGACAACAACAGGCACUGGUCAAACUACCAUUACCGGUCUUUUUCAAUGUAGGGGAGACCUCAGCAACAGUGACUGUUACAACUGUGCCAGCCAGCUCCCAACUUUAGCUAACAAACUUUGUGGCAAGACAAUAGCUGCAAGAAUCCAACUUUAUGGCUGCUACAUGCUGUAUGAAGUUGCUGGAUUUGCUCAAAUUUCAGGAAUGGAAAUGCUGUUCAAGACUUGUGGUGCUACAAAUGUUGCUGGUUCUGGAUUUGAAGAGAGGAGGGAUACAGCCUUUUCAGUUUUGGAAAAUGGGGUGGUUAGUAGCCAUGGUUAUUAUACCACUAACUACCAAUCUGUUUAUGUUUUGGGGCAAUGUGAAGGAGAUGUUGGAGAUUCAGAUUGUGGAGAGUGCAUAAAGACUGCUGUUCAAAAAGCUCAGGUUGAAUGUGGGAGCGCCAUCUCUGGUCAAAUCUAUCUGCAUAAGUGCUUUAUAAGUUACAGUUAUUAUCCUAAUGGGGUUCCCAGAAGAUCUUCAUCAUCUUCAUAUUCACACCCUUCUUCAUCUUCAUCAGGGACAGGGCAAAAUCCAGGAAAGACAGUGGCUAUAAUCUUAGGGGGGGCAGCAGGAGUGGGAUUCCUUGUCAUUUUGUUGAUGUUUGCCAGGGGUGUGAUGAAGAAACGUGAUGAUUCCUGAAGGUCAGAGUUCAUUUAAAGGUGGAUUCUUUCUAGUAGAAAAUUUCUUUCCUUAUUUUGAAAUUUGAUAUGGGUUUUCUGGUGAAUAUAAUUGGUGAAGAAAGAGAGUCAGAUAAAAGUAAGUGGAAGUGGGAUUUUGCUGUUACUGUUAGGUAAGAAUUUGAGGGUCAGAGAAAGCAUUAGCCAUUAGGGGGGGAGGGCAUGCAGUGUAAACAUGAAUUUUUUCACAAAGGUGAAAAAGAGGAUAUUGUAAGGAACUAUAAAAGAAUUAAUGUUUUGUCAUCUUGAAUGGAUGAAAGAGGAGAUUUUGAGCAUUUGGCUUUGGCAA